GGAGCUAUUUUGGUUGUUGCUGCUACAGAUGGCACUAUGCCGCAAACUCGCGAACAUCUCCUUUUAGCAAGACAAAUAGGAAUUGAAAGAAUUGUUAUUUUCCUCAAUAAGAUUGAUUUGGUUGAUUCUGAAUUAGCUGAACUCGUGGAAAUAGAGACUCGAGAAUUGUUAGACGAGUAUGGCUUUGAUGGAAAAAACACACCCGUUAUUUUAGGAUCGGCUCUUCAAGCUUUGAAUGGUGUGUCCCAAUUUGAGAACUCCAUUAAAAAUUUAAUUACAGCAAUGGAUAGCUAUAUAAUUAUUCCUGAUCGAAAUGUAGAAGCACCGUUUCUUUUCCCCAUAGAUUCGGCUGUAGCGAUUAAAGGACGUGGUACUGUUGCCGUUGGAACUGUCCAGCAAGGUAUUAUAAAAAAAGGUAAUAAUGUUGAUAUACUGGGACACGGUGCUUCUUUAAAAUCUGUUGUAUCUGAUAAACAAAUUUUCAAAAAUUCAGUUUUAUCUUGUUCAGCCGGUGACAAUGCA